UAAUAAAGAUAUAGUUUAUUAUCUAUAUCUGUGGCUACAACUCACUUAGACAUGUCCAAAUUGUCUAGGGUCUUGUGUCUAUUGGUGUUUGGAGCCUGUCAAAUGUGAAGUGAAGUACUCGGGAGUUAUAUUGGCCAGUUGUCACUUGUCACUUAUGACACAGAACAUAAUAAUAUUAUAAAUUAAAAUAUGUAUUAUUGUAUUUUUGAGUUGGUUGAGUGUUAAUAGACUUGUUUUUAAUAUUAUCUAAUAUUUGAUUAUAAUAUUUAAUAGUUUUUAACUAUUAAAGUAAUACCUGACAGUUUUUACUUGAUAAUUAUUAUUGUUCUGGUAAUAUUUUUAUUAAUAAUUUUCAUACAAUGGACCAAGAUAAUCAGAGUGUUAUUUAUAUCGAAAACUGGAAUGAUCUAUGUCGAUUGUGUCUCCGUAAUGAACAAAAAUUGCAAAAUUUAUUUUUCGAAGAAACCCUUUUGGAAAAUGUUCAAGAAGUUACUAAUCUUCAUUUUAAUGUCGAGGAUUCUUUACCUAAUUCUAUAUGCAAAAUAUGUAUUGACCAAGUUAAUUCAUUUGUUGAAUUUCGAGUACGAUGUAAAGCUACGGACGAAUGGCUACGAAAUGAAGGUGCCAUUUCGGAUAAUGAUCAUAAGGAUUCAAUUAUAAUUGAUUCUGAAGGAAUAAAUAAUAAACAUUCAUUAUUGGAUCCAAAUCAAUAUGAAGAACAAUUAAUUGAUGAUCCAGAACCUGUUCAUGAUAAGCAAUUAGUUGAAAAUGAAAUUGAGUUAUCACAUUGUAUUGUUCAAACAGAAGAGGUAAUGCAAAUGUCCAUUAAAGACGAAGAUACAUUAGAAACCAACUCUAGUGAACAUCAAUGUGGAAUUUGUGGUAAAGAAUUGUUGUCUGCAUAUACGCUAGCAAACCACAUGCGUUCCCAUACAGGAGAGCGUCCUUAUGGGUGCAGUGUAUGUGAAAAAUUCUUCAAGACUAAAUCUAAUUUGAAUGAACACUACCGAGUCCACAAUCCGGAACUGCGUUGGAUGAAAACGUCGAGCAGGGACAUCCCGUCCAUAACCCGAGUGACUGUCACAUCUGAAGACAUACUGACGUGCGGUCAGUGUUCCAAUGUGUUCGUGUCGCUGGACGAGUUGUCCGCACACGAACGCGUCCACGACGAGCAACGGGAACAGCUGGAACAGCAGCCGCAGACGGCCGCGAUGACGAUUGCACCGUCGUCUGCGUCUGCGAUUACGUCGACGUUCACGUGUGAACAGUGCAACAAAAAGUUCGCGUCGAAAUCGCAACUGUCCGCGCACAUAGGCAACAACUGUUCAGACGGCGUUGACCGGCAGUGCCCGUACUGCGGAAAGCAGUUCCGGUCGAUGGCCACGCUGGAGAACCACAAGCGGGUUCACACCAGGGAAAAACCGUUCGCGUGCGAGCUGUGCGGCAAGGCGUUCCGGACCAAGGGCAAUCUGCUUGAGCACAAGCGCGUGCACAACAACAGCCUGUGGCUGAUGAAGAGCAACGCGAAGAUGACGACCGACGCCGGUGCGAGCGCCGGCGAUCAGCGGUUCCAGUGCACAUACUGUUCGAAACCGUUCCGCACGUACACGGCCAUGUUGAACCACGAGCGCGUGCACACCCGCGAAAAGCCGUUCGAGUGUUCCGAGUGCGGUAAAUGUUUCCGCACCAAGUCCAACCUGACGGAGCACAUGAAGGGUUGCCACGACAUGAACUCGGCCGCUUGUGGCUCGGACGAAGUGCAAGUGUUCACGUUCAAGACCCAUUCGAUGAUGACCCCCAAAGCCGAGCCGGAGUCGAUGCCGGAGCCUGUCGAGGUACAGGGUCGUCGCUGUUGCGCGUUCAUCGAGACGCAGUCAUUUUGACUAUGAUUUUUAUCAUUCAUAAGAUUAAUUAUUAUGCAUUUAUUAUAUAUACAAUUUUUUUAGGAUCAGAACAUAAUUUUUUUACCAGCAUUUAUAUACGU